GUCUUUAGUAACUUGUAAAGUUCUAGUCCGGACCAUUGCAGUCGAAUAUGACCUCGACACUGGCCACAGUGCACUCUGUAGCUCUUAUCUACAAAACCGAGGACAUUAGAUAUCAGCAUAUCCAUCUUGGACAUUGAGCUUUCGCAUCUGGCUGUUGUCAGUGAUAUGGCGGCGCACGUGCGUACAUCUCACAUGGAAACAUUUGUAUAUAGGUAAUGAUGGCAGGUAGAGGAUGAUAUGGAUAUGUCUCUAGAGCAAGGUCCUAGCUUGCUGGAGGAAAAACAGGCUUCUGAUGCCCGCAAGGUCUCGCCGUCUGCUAGUGAAGAGGAUGUCGCCGACUCACCAGUGGAAGCGCGCAGUAAAAUGACUAGAAAAGAGUCAUUAAGCGCUUAUUUCACAAUCCUAGCAGCAGGCUUUGGUUUGAUCAGCGAUGGCUACCAAAAUAACAUUAUGACGAUGUCCAAUGUGGUCUUCAAACAACUAUACCCGAAAGAAUAUACUUCUACUGUAUCUACUCGCGUCUCCAAUGCAUUGCUUGUUGGUGCGGUCAUCGGCCAAGUCAUCGUGGGCUUGAUUUGCGACCGUCUUGGAAGGAAGGUAGCCCUUGUCGCCACUACACUGUUAAUAGUUGUUGGGGCAAUCUUGGGUACUGCGGCGCACGGAGCUCAUGGAAGCCCGAAUGGACUUUUCUGGUUCCUUACUAUUGCUCGAGGUAUCACUGGUGUUGGUGUUGGUGGAGAAUACCCAGCAUCUUCCACAAGCGCUAGUGAAGCCGCAAACGAGAAGUCUAUAGGUAGCCGGGGACCAGUGUUCAUUAUGGUGACAAAUUUCGUCCUCAGUUUUGGUGGUCCUUUGGCUGUAUCUGUAUUCUUGAUCGCCAUAUCAGCAGCCGGAGAGAAUCAUCUGGAAACAGUUUGGCGUGUAUGCUUCGGUAUAGGAAUACUCCUCCCAUUAACCGUCUUCUUCUUCCGUUUGCGAAUGUUGAGCUCCAAACUCUAUCGAAAGGGCGCUAUCAAACAUCGGGUACCAUAUGUUUUGGUAAUCCGACGUUACUGGAAAGCUCUCAUUGGAACAUGCGGUGCCUGGUUCCUCUACGACUUCGUCACAUUCCCCAAUGGUGUUUUCUCUGGAGCCAUCAUUUCUAGUGUGAUCCAUAACAGUGACAUCAAACAGACAGCCGAAUGGCAGCUCCUACUUGGAACAAUUGCCCUUCCCGGAGUCUUCGUGGGUGCGCUUCUAUGCAAUCGAUUAGGUAGACGUAACACGAUGAUCCUCGGAUUUUCUGGAUAUCUUGUAUUUGGCUUGAUUAUUGGUCUCGGAUAUGACAAAAUAAUAAACAUUGUCCCCCUCUUUGUCAUUUUUUACGGAUUGAUGCAAUCGUUUGGAAACCUGGGACCGGGAAAUAUGUUAGGUCUGGUUAGCGCCGAAUCCUACGCAACUCCUAUUCGAGGAACCUGCUACGGUCUUUCUGCAGCUAUCGGAAAGACAGGAGCUGCUGUUGGCACUCAAGCAUUUACGCCUAUACAGAAUAAUCUUGGGAAAAAAUGGACCUUUAUCAUUGCCGCCAUUUGUGGGGUGACGGGUGUUCUGGUCACUUAUUUCUUCGUCCCUGACAUGACGGGGGUAGACCUCGCUGAGGAAGACGCGAAAUUUAUGCAGUAUCUGGCUGAAAAUGGCUGGGAAGGAGAGGUGGGAGAAGAUGACGAUAAGGUGUUGAUUGUGGAAUCGUAUGUCGGCGAAGAUGGCCAGGACCGGAAAUGAUGCGAAACGAAUGGCACACUCAAGCUGAAAUAUAACUCACGAUAUUUAGGAUAUGCAUAGACUUUCUAGUAAUCAGUUUGGAAUUGACUGCAGCAUAUGUAGCUUUGACAAUCAAACAAUAUAUAGGAGAUAUGAACAUC